AUGUCAAUCUCCUCCUCCACCACCUCUCCCACCGUACCACAGCUCUUCCACCACCUUCCUCCUCCUUCGUGCUCCGAUCAGCUCUGCUAUGUUCACUGUACCCACUGCGACACCGUCCUCGCCGUGAGUGUUCCUUGCACCAGCUUGUUCAAGACAGUGACAGUCCGAUGUGGUCACUGCACCAACCUUCUGCCGUUGAACAUGCCUGGGUUGCUGCUGCCACCACCCGUGAAUCAAUUUCAUUUUGGUCACACUAAUUUCUUCUCUCCUUCUACUCAUACUCUGCUGGAUGAUCAAAUUCCAAAUGGGGAAUCAAACUUUCUGAUCAAUCAAAAUUACGCAAAUGAUUUUUCGUUGACCGCCCGAGGAGGAUUUAGGGAGCUUCCAAAGCCCCCUGUGACUAAUAGACCUCCAGAGAAGAGACAGAGAGUCCCCUCCGCCUACAAUCGAUUCAUCAAGGAAGAGAUUCAAAGGAUCAAAGCUGGGAACCCUGACAUCAGUCAUAGAGAAGCCUUCAGUGCUGCUGCUAAGAAUUGGGCCCACUUUCCACACAUUCACUUUGGUCUGAUGGCUGAUCAGACAAAUGCUGCCAACAAGACCAGCAUGCGCCAACAGGAUUAUCACACAGACCGUGGUUUCAUGAAAGAUGGUUUAUUUGCUGCUUCUGCAAAUGUGGGUGUCUCUCCUUACUAG